CUUUCUUCUUUGCCUCCCUCCCAGGUACUCACUCCCUGAGACGUCAAUGCCUGGGCGUCUCAGAUCUUGGCCGUGGGACCCCUGAGUUUAUUCCAGUAGGGUGUGUGGACUCUUAUCCCAUCACCACAUACAACAGUGUCUCUCGGGUGAAGGAGCCUCAGGCACCAUGGAUGGCGGAGCACCUCACGCCCGAUCGCUGGGAGAAAGAUGCUCAGCUGCCGGGUUGGCAGCAGGAGUUCAAGGUGGAACCGAAGCGAUGCGGGCAGAGCCACUACAAUCACCCAGGUGGUGAGUUUCACACUUACCAGAGGAUGACUGGCCGCGAGUCUGGAAGCACCAGGGGAUUUCUGCAGUAUGAUGGGCAGGGUUUCACUGUCUUCAGCAACGACACGCUCUCCUGGACAGCUGCGGAUAAUGCAGCUGACGUCACCAGGAGGGUGUGGGAGGCCGAGCAGCAUGAGUUACAAUACCAGAAGCAUUGGCUGGAAGAAGAGGGUACUGCCUGGCUAAAGAGCUGCCUGGGGUAUGGGAAAGACACCCUCCGAAGGACAGAGCACCCACUGGUCAGAGUGAAUCGCAAAGAAACUUUUCCAGGGAUUACAACUGUUUUCUGCACAACUCAUGGCUUUUACCGCCACCCGCCAGAAAUUUCCAUGAUCUGGAUGAAAAAUGGGGAAGAAAUGAUCCAAGAAAUGGGUUAUGGAGAGGUUCUCCCCAGCGGGGAUGGGACCUAUGAGACAUGGGCAUCUGUGGAGCCGGAUCCUCAGAGCGGCGACCUUUCCUCCUGUCACGAGGAGCACUGUGACGUCCAAACGGUCCUGCAGGUCCCUCAGGAGUCGGAAACUAUCUCUCUGGUGAUAAAUGCUGUCUCUGGGUCCCUUGUCCUCACCGUUGCCCUGGGCAUUGGCCCCCUGGACCGGAGAAGACGGCCCCGAGAAGGUAAGAAGAAGAAGGUGAAAGGCCUACGGCAGGGGUCCUGCACUUGUCGCUUUGCUCUCCACUUAAAAAUGAGUUGGGCCUCACACUGGGGUCCCAGCAGGACCUGCGACACCUCUCCGACCGAGUAGGGAGCACACGUCGUGGGUAAUGUUUGCAAAGGGCGUGGUCUGUGUCACAGGCAGUGUUGACAUCAGCAGAGCAGUACGACUUCCAUCCAGGCGAGCUGUCCUCCUAGACGUGGGCCAGAGAAGAUAGUGUGGUCUUGAUUUGUCUUUUUCUAACUCUAUCUGCAUUAUUUGUUACUAUCAACAUAUUUGUCCUUUGUUUCAAGAUGUCAGUAAGCUUUCCCAUCUUGACAAACAUUUUCUGACGCAAUCAUAUGAAAGUUCUCUUCCUUCUCAAUUCAUCUCUCAACACAUGAAAUGUUGCAGAGUAGAUAGGUACCUUUGGAAAAUGGGACUCAGGGUAAGGAAAGGGGAAAGAGAAAUGGGAGGGACAUGGGCUCUUGGUACCUUGGGGAAACAAUUUGCUUAUUCCACGUAUACAUGUAUUAAAUACCUGCUGUGUUCCCAGCAGUGUACCGGAAGCUGGGACAUGGCAAUUCGAAAGACAGACAUUAUCCCUGCUGUCUUGUGAGGUCAUCUCCUCCCAUCCCUGGUUUCAACACAUGCUCUAGUUGAUCACUGCACAACACUGAUGAGACCUGGACUAUGGAUUUGAACCCAGUGUGGGCCAGGAGUUUGGCAUUGCUUCGUAACCACAGACUUCAACCCCAAUUCAAGUGAGAGGGAAUCAAGUUCAUUAUUAGAGCAAAAUAAAAAGAACCCCUUUACUAGGAAUCAACUCAGAGUUAGCAGAUCAUUCUAAUAUUUUCCAUAUGAAGCAUAGCACCAAUCCCAAUCCAACAGAUGAGGGCUGCUGAAGCAACAACAACAUUUUUUUUACAAUGACAUACCUGUCUCAAGAAUGGUACACACUGUGAGUUUCUGCUUUUUAUCUUGUGGAGUUUGUGAAUUUGAGUUAAAAUUUGUGAGUACUAAAAGAAUCUUGGCAAAGCAAGCUAUAAAUGUCCAUGCCAGCAUCUCAGAUUUUGCUGAACAUUGCAUAAUUUUGCGGGCUAUAAGAAAAAAUGCACAUAUCUGACUAAAAAGUCUUUCUUUCUGAGGAAAGUGGGGUCAUCUGCCUUCCUGCACCAGGUCGAAGACUGGGGCUAGCUCUUGUCCAGGUGUCUUUCCUCUGGGAACCACGGUCUCUCCUCUGUCCCCUACGGACUCAAGUCCACCACUGCCCAAAGCUCUUGACCACACCCUCGGCAUACACAGGUGUUACGGGGCUGAGCAUUCUUGGCAGAAGGAUAGGAGUCCCAAAGUGUUCCUUGUUCUUUGGCUCCCAAAAGACUGUCAGCUUUCAGGCUCUUUUGAUGGACUCUUUUAUCACGUUUGGCUCUAAGUAUAGCUUAUCUCAUGACACAACACUACCCUACAUCCCAUCUGUCAACUAUGAUUUACAAGGAAAUCAGAGAAUCUCAGAGCUGGAAGGAACCUUCCACUUGAGGGCCGGAAAUGUCUUCUCCAGUCCCUUUGACUUAAGCGUCCAGCCCCCACUUGAAUGCCACCAAUGAAGGGCACCUCGCUGCAUCAUGAAGUGGCCUUUUUCUUCCUCCAUGAGAAUGUAUUACGCGAGAGCUGUGAAUUGUGGGUGCCACGACUGAGGCCUUACCAGCAGUGUUGGGCCAACCUGUGAGAGCAGCCAGCAAGCUUCUGCAAUGGCCUGUGUGUAGCCACAUUGUUUUACAUGUCUUCUGGCCUGAGAGAAAGCCUAAUUGUCCUGUUCUUAUGGCCUCUCUGCAUGGUAGCUUGGGAUCUUGGAAAUAUGCCUGGUCGGAUCUAUGGAAGUGAUCUCAUCCUUUCUGUCGUUUGUGGGAGAGUAAGAACAAUCAUCAUCAGCCCUGACUGGUGUGACUCGGUGGUUUGAGCGUCAUCCCACAAACCAAAAGGUUGCCGGUUUGAUUCCCGGUCAGGGCACAUGCUGGGUUGUGGGCUAGGUCCCU